CUUUCAGGUGAGCAUGCGCGUGGAUUUCGCUUGCCAUAGCAACCAGGGCUGGAGACGGUAGCAACUGGAAUCUUAACAAUGGCAGGGUGCUCAUUUGAAGAGUGAUCUGCAUAAUUAAUGCAAAUUGUAAGGGUUGUCUGAAUAUCGGAAAUCACCUUCAGUAGAAUGGCAAAAGCAACAACUAUCAAGGAAGCUCUAGCUAAAUGGGAAGAAAAAACUGGUCAGAAGCCAUCAGAGGCCAAGGAAGUGAAACUCUAUGCUCAGAUUCCCCCUAUAGAAAAGAUGGAUGCUUCUCUUUCCACUCUUGUUAACUGCGAAAAAUUGUCUUUAUCUACAAACUGCAUUGAAAAAAUUGCCAACUUAAAUGGGCUAAAAAACUUGCGGAUAUUGUCAUUGGGAAGGAACAACAUAAAAAAUCUGAAUGGGCUGGAAGCAGUUGGGGAUACAUUAGAGGAACUGUGGAUCUCAUACAACUGUGUUGAGAAGUUGAAAGGUCUCCAUGUGAUGAAGAAGCUGAAGAUUCUCUACAUGUCCAAUAAUCUGGUGAAAGAUUGGGCAGAGUUUGUGAGGUUGGCAGAGUUACCGUUACUGGAGGACCUGGUGUUUGUGGGCAAUCCACUAGAAGAGAAAUACUCUGCUGAUUCGCAGAGCGCCUGGGUUGAGGAGGCAACCAAGCGAGUGCCCAAACUGAAGAAACUCGAUGGUAUCCCGGUUAUAAAACAGGAAGAAGGUGAAGAAGGAGAAAACUAGCACCUUUUCUUUCACAUUAAAUUAUUGAUGUAUCUCCAGCACUGUAUAGGAUGUGAUGCUUUUGUAUAAAUAUGUCUUUAAAGAAAAAUGUAGGUAACUUUUUAACUGAUUCAUCUCCAUGUUCUUCUCACUCAAAGAAUUAUUACUUUUUUAUUAUGAAUGUUUACUUUUUAUUUAAUACCUGGAGGUUUUUUUGCAAGUGUAUGAUUUUUUUUUUAAAGAGCAGAUUUCUACAAAGCAUGUGUUAAAUGGUUUUCUCUAAUCAUUUGAAAAAUGACAGAGGGGUUCUAUAUAGUAUGGCUUUUUAAAAAUAUUUUUCUUUUAAAGAAAGGAUUCAAAUAGCGAUAUGCUCUAACAUUUAUCAAGUGUCUCAUGUUUUUUUCUCCUGGGUUAAUAUGCAAUAUUAGAUGGAAAAAAUGAAGGCAGUUUCUUUGUUGUAGGUGAAGUAUUUCUCUCCUCCUUUGGUUUAAUAUGCUGGCUGAAUUUUCCUUUACAUACUUUGUUUUAAGGAAGAUGAAACUCUUAAGCAAAGGUUUGUGCUGAUUAUAUGUUACAGAAUGGCUGAAGUCCUUUAUUAUUUUGGAAUCUGAGUAAUCUGAGAAAAGAAAACAGCUGUCAAAAGAAAUUGAGAUAUAGCAGGUUGUUCAAAACUAAGAUUCCAUUUUAGUAAUUGAUAAAUGACAGCUGAAGAAACAACAGGAAAGAAAGAAGAGGAAAGCAGUAAAGCUGUAGGAUAUAUAGUGUAAGUGUUCCAAUGCAGUUUAUUUUUUGAUAAAGAAGACUAUAAGUUGUCUUUGUCAAAGCCUUUUCCCUCCCUAGAAUUUUUACUGAUAUGACUGGACAUUUUAGUCAUUCCUAAAGAUGGAAAAGAGAGAAAUAAAGUAAGAUGUUACUAUUUUGUUGAAAGUAAAAUUUAAUUUUAUACGGCUUGCAGCAGUUUUUCUCUGCUCUGUUUUUUUCUACUUAAAAGUAUUGGCUCUGACAAUCCAUUUCUCAGUUAAUAGAUGACAGGCUGUUAUGGGAAUAAACACUAUGGAACACAGUGAGGCUCAUUUCUGUUUUACACAAACGCUGAGCCUGUGCCCAGGAAUAUUUAUUCUUUAGCCUUUGGAUUUAUGUCUCAAAUCUAUGUAUUUAUUAGGCUUCAGACAGUUAUUAUUCUGAAAGAAUGUUGCAGUUCAUUUUUUUUUUUUUUAAGAGGAGAGUUCCUUACUAUUAUAGGCUUGGUUACGUCAAAGAGCAAUCCUCCAAGCUAUUUCACAAAGUCUCACUAGAGUUUUAUUGGAAAUGUUCUUGCACAUCCACAUAUUGGAUUUUUAAUUCGUUUUUUACUUUCAUCCUAUUCAUAUUUAACUUUAAUUGUUUGUGAACCAAUCCAUGUAGAUGCACCAUUUUUAACAAAGAUAUUUAUAUGUUAGGUUUAGUGCUUUGCAUUGUUUUUCUACUAUAUUCUCAUUUGUAUCUUUACUGUUGUCUUCACAUUAGGCCAGGUGUAGGUAAUCUUGUGUUGUCCAGAAGUCCAGCUUAAUACUGGGGAAGAGGUUGCAAAAUGAAUGGAAUACUUCACAUAAAUGAGCAGGGCUAUGUUCAGGGUUACAGAGCAGAAUACUAGAUUUGAAAGGCAGCUAUAAACUGAAUAAACAGAUGUUUUAGGGCUUACGCUACUGUACAGGUGUCAUAUUUUCUUGUUUCAAUAAAUGGGAAAUGAUGCUAUCAGUUUUCAGCAAUCAUGACAAGCUUUAGGAAACUUUAGGGCCAUAAAAAGAGGCCAGACUGCAUGGCAUGAUGUCCUUAGAUUAUAGGUUGCUGGGUUCUGCUUUAGGCAAUAAGUCUGCUUGGAUGCAGUGGAAGUUACUUCUGAGUAAACAUGUAUAGGAUUGCAGCUGAGGAAGUUUGUGAACAGAUAAAUGAUUAUAGUUCUUGAUGUAGAACUUUUUAACCGUUUAAAGUAAGGCACUGUGUGUCCCAGACCAGUGAUAGUCAUUUAUUUACAUCCUCUACUUUGCCUCUUAGCAAUUGAUUUUUCUCUCGGUACCUGUGAGGCAGGAGAAACUGGUGAACUAAGAGUUGUCAUAUCUGGGGUACAAAAAUUGGGCCUGUGAACAUUGGGGCAGUUGCUGGAUGACAAUAAACAGUCAGGAUAUUGUGUCUCUCUUUCCUUUCACCUACUGGUCAUCCAGAUUUUUGUAGCCCGGAUAACCUUUAACUGGGCAAAACAGUGCCAUAAAGCAAAACCUUUUGACUCAAAGUGCUUCAGAUGAGCUAACUUAACCAAAUUCAUCCAAAAUCUGGGACCCAUAACUCUUGUGGAAUGGAUAUUUAAAUUUUGUAACACAAACAAUUUCCUAAAGCACCUUAUGACAUAAUGCAAAAGCCAUAAAACAUUUCUGGUGCUGAUGUUCAACUGUGCUAUACAGUUCAACAUAGGCUAUUUUCAAGGCAGAAACAUCUCUGAAUGUAUCCUAGCUUUUCCAGUGAAGGCAGUGCAUUAGAAGCUCUGUCAUUGCUGAAGACAUUGAGAAAUUUGGUAAGGAAAUUUCUCUGAAAGGAUAACAGCCACAGGUCACGGGUUGCCUAUGGAUUGGAUAUUGUGUGGGUUUAAGAGGCUUGUUCUCUGCAAAGACUUGCUCUUGAGGCAGUUAGCUUGCUUGGAAUUAAGAUAAAGGCAGGGUUCUUGCUAAUGAAGUGUCAAAUGUCCAGUCACUUCCAAGGGAUCUGGGAUACAGGCAGCAAUAAAUGCCAAAUUGGUUCUUUUAAUCCCAUUCUUGGUAUCCCUCAAAUGGUCAAUGCAUUUGAAGGGGAAAGUCAGCAAAAUGUUUGGACUAGCAAUUUUUGUGGAACUUCUGUUGAGUUCAGCAUCUUUUUGAUGCUGAUGGUAUAACUAGUGUGAUAUUAACCAUGCAAGUAAUGCCAUAAUCUUAGAAAUCUCUAUACUUUUUGUCUUGAAAACAGUUUUUUCAGAGAGAGUUCUGCCAUUUCACCCAGUUCUUGUUAUUUGGGAUCCCUCACAUAUACUGUAUAAUUGUCUUUGGGAAGUAAGAUAAAACACAUUUCCUGGGGAGGAAAUAUCUAAAAUGAACAAGACCAGUAACUAGGGGAUAAUUUAUGAUUGUUCAGAAACCAUGUUUAAUUUUCUCUGUUCAUGUCAUGAGAAACAAAAUUGUUAUACACUAAUAGUUUUUUUUUUAUAUCAAACCCUUUGUAUAAUUCUUUUGAAUGUGAUGGGAUACCAAGGUUUAGGAGUGGGUGAUAGGAACAUAACAACACAUCUUUCUUUAGCAAAUAGCAUCUUAGUAAGAAUUAGUGCCUUUCUUAAAAUAACUUAUUGAUGUUAUUGGCACUGGUGUUUCUUUCAGGAGAUUAGGUGGAAAUCCUUUACUAUAUCCAACAUCUUUUUGUUGCUUGGCUUGUAAAUAUUCUACUUGUGCCCUUUGUGUCAGCUGGAUUGCUGACAUAAUCCCGAUGUAAUUUACUGUAACAUUUAGAGAAAAAUAACAAUACAAAUUUAAACGGAGGAAAAAGGAGGUAUUUGAAAAUUUAACUGUUCUGUCUCUUGCAGAAUGAUCAUGUAUGAUCAACAGGCAUAUUUUUUUAAAAAAACCCAACAGGUUUUUUUAAAAUAAAGAAUUAAAAUAUAUUUAUAAUUCAAGUUUAUUUUUGGUAUGCUUAUAGAAAAAUGUGAUCCUGUAACAAGUGUUGCUUUAGUGAUUAGCUCAAUUCCCUGUUUUAUUUAGCCAGUACUAAUUGUAAUGUUUGCUUGUAUAGAAGUUGGCUUAAUUUUAUAUUUUUAAGAACAUUGAAUUGCACUGGUGUCUCCAGGCCCAUAUACAAACUCAUAGGUUUGCUGCAGUAGGGAAAAGGAGAAGCAAAGGGAAUAUUUUUGCAUUUUGGAUUUAAAAAAAAAUUGUAAGGCUGGCAAGAAUCUGAUGAAAUAGAUGCAUAUUCCAUUUAUAUAGAUUCAGUGUGCAACAGAUUGUACUGGAAUGCAGUAUAAGAUGUAAUUCAUAAAUCAAAAAGCAGUGGUACUUGUGGAAAAGCCUUUUACAGUACCUACCGGUAAAUUCCCAAGGAACAGUAUAAUUAGAAGGCUUUCACCAUGAUACUAUUUACAAGUAUAAUAAAAGAUGAUAAUACAGCUUCUUUCAAAAGGAAAGUGAUGCUUAAGACUUGGAAUUUGAAGUGGAAUGAUUUCUCUUUAAAGCUAUGAAUUAUAAUGAAAUCUGUUACCAAACCAUUUCAGUGCCAUUUCUUCCACAACUUAGAAUGUGCAAGUUACACAAAGAAGUUACUAGGAGCCUAUGUAAAAAUAGGGCUAGCGAUAGAGAACUUCUGACUGCAAUCUUUGCCACACAUUUCUUUCCAUUUGUUUUUAAUCUUCCUGAAGACUUUUCUUGAAGGCUACUUCACAUCUUGCAGUAAAAGCUUUUGCUUUUGUAGCAUGUUAUCUUUAUUUCUCUAAAUGACAGAUAGACGGCUCAGCAUGACCUGGAAUGUCCUUUUCACAUUGCAUACAGAAGAGUUUCUUUUUUUAAUAGUGAAGCAACAUAUUCUGUUGUGAAAAGCAGUUGGUAGGAUAAUGAAAUUUUAACAACCAGGUAAUGUUAGACAGAAGAUGAAAUAGACAUGAGGCGAAUAUUGGGUUGAUGUGGCAUUACAGUAAAAAUGUUCCAAAUAAUGUACUUCUGAUCUUGUUGAAAUGGAUUAGUUUGUAGUGCAAAACACAAAUCCAAAUGCUAAAAUAAGGAGUGGGUUUUUUUUUUAAAAAAUGCACUUUAAAAUUAUGCACUGGACGCUGAUAGGAAGUAAUGUAAAUGGUUGUGUUGCGAUAUGUGGGUUAUGCAGAGAAAGCUUCUUGGCAGAGCAACAAAUAAAAAGGACUUCCUUCUAGUUGCUCUGAGGAGCUGUUAUGGUUUGCCACCACCCUGGAAAUUAUUUAGCCUAAUAUAUGGAUUAUGGGUGAAAUAAAUAUCCAUGUAAAAGACAUGUAAGCAGUGUUGAAUCCCACUCUCCACACUGGAAGUAGGGUGGCUUAUGUUAAUCUUAUUUAAUGGCAUACUAAUACAUUUAAUGCAUACUGAUAAAUUGAGAGGUGUCAACAUGCAUUUCAGUCUCUGGCUGCAAUCAGACACUGUACAUUAUUUAUGCAAAGAUGUCAAAGGACAUUUAAAGCUGGCAGCUCUCAUUUGUGGAUCUCUAGUUUAAGUAGAAAUUUAGGCUUCUAAAACAAACUCCAAGUUGGAGAGCAAUUUUCAAGCAAUUACUGUAGCAUGAUAACUCCUUUUAAAAAGUAGAGUACAAUUUUGUAGCACGAUGAUAUUGUCUGACAUUAUUAUGAAGUUAUUUAGAUCUGUUUUAAGUCAUUUUGUGAAACUUGCUCAAAAGUAGAAAUAAAUAUUUUAUACAAAGGACA